AUGGCGGCGGCGACGGAAAAUGUCGACAACGGCAGCAACGAUAACCAGACUAAACCGGAUUCGGAACCGGCUCCGGUUGAAAUUGCGCUUGCGGAGGAGCAGAAACCACUGUCUAAGAAUGCGCAGAAGAAGCAACUGAAGCAGCAGAGAUACGAAGCGAAGAAAGCUGAGAAGAAGGCACAGGAGAAGGAGCAGAAGAGGAAGGAAGGGGAGAGGAAGCUCAAGGAAUGGGAAGAAACGUUAGCGAAUGCUACGGAGGAAGAGAGGCUGAAGCUGAUUGAGUCGAGGAAGAGUCUCCGGAAGGAGAGAAUGGACAAGAGGUCCGAGGAGAAAGAGAAGAAGAAGGAGCGUCUCACUCUAGCCAAAGCAAUCGGCCAAAACGUCGUCAUAGAUGUUGAUUUCGCACAUCUCAUGUCCGAGUCUGAGAUUUCCAGCCUUGUUCAGCAGAUAAUGUAUUGCUAUGCGGCGAAUGGGAGAAGCACUUCGCCGUGUCAUCUAUGGCUGACAGGAGUGCAAGGGGAGAUGAGUACUCAGCUUGAUAAGCUUCCAGGUUUUGAGAAAUGGUUCAUAGAGAAGGAAAGUCAGUGUUACAUUGAGGCCAUGGCUGAUCGGAAAGAGAAUUUGGUGUACCUUACGGCCGACUCCGAAACUGUUUUGGAUGACCUGGACCCAAAGGAUAUUUACAUUAUCGGUGGCUUGGUGGAUCGGAACCGGUUCAAAGGGAUCACCAUGAACAAGGCACAAGAACAAGGCAUUAAAACAGCUAAGCUUCCCAUUGGAGAGUAUAUGAAAAUGUCAAGUUCUCAGGUUCUCACUGUGAACCAAGUUUUGGAGAUACUUGUCAAGUUUCUGGAGACGAGGGACUGGAAAACAUCCUUCUUCACUGUGAUCCCUCAGAGGAAAAGAACCGGAGCUGAGCCUGUUGACUGUUCGAAAUCGGAACCUCUUUCCGAAGAGCAUCAAGAGAAAGAGGGUGAUGCAGAGAAACAUGAUGUUGUGGAGAGGAAAAAGGUAUGCAUUGAAGUUCCUCCGGAAAGUGGUAGCUAG